AUGCAACGUCGUCGCUCUUCGCGCAAGUCUAUCUCUGCUGAAAUCGAACAUGCUAGGAAAGUCAUUGAUUUUGGUGGCGAUGUGAGUGAUGACGAUGAAGGCGCUGCUGCAGAGAGUGAUGAGGAAGAUGACUCACCUGCUGUACCGUAUGCGUUUGCGUUUGAUAUCGAUGGUGUCUUGUUGCGCGGUGGUCAUACCAUCCCCCAAGCAAAAGAAGCAAUGGCCAUCUUGAAUGGUAAGAAUGAGCGACAUCUCAAGAUCCCUUACAUCUUCAUCACGAAUGGUGGUGGUAAAUUGGAAGAUGCGCGAUGUCGCGAACUCGCUGAAAAGCUGGACGUUGAAACCUCUGUUGCGCAAUUCAUCCAGUCGCAUACACCCUUCCAGCAAAUGACAACACUGUAUGAGACUGUCUUGGUCGUUGGCGGUGAAGGCAAUGCGUGUCGUGAGAUUGCUGAAUCGUACGGUUUCAAAAAUGUCAUUACACCAGGUGAUAUCAUUGCCUGGGACCCUAGUAUUGUUCCCUUUCGCACACUACGACAAGAAGAACUCGAUCUCUGCAAACCCCGUGAUUUCUCAAAAAUCAAAAUCGAAGCAAUCUUCUUCUUUGCCGAUUCACGAGAUUGGGCGAGUGAUGCACAAAUCAUUAUUGAUGUGCUCCUCUCAAAGGACGGAUACUUGCAUUCUCGCAACAAGGAAAUGACACAAGCUUGUCCCAUCUUCUUCAGUAACCCAGACAUCACUUGGUCGACCGAUCACUGCCUACCACGAUUCGGUCUGGGUGCAUUGCGUCUCAGUAUCAGUGCACUCUGGGAUGAUGCAACAGACGGCAAAACGCCACUCAAGCUCGUUCAGCUCGGUAAACCCUACGGCGAGACGUAUCGCUAUGCAACACGUCUUCUUACCGAAUGGCGUGCCUUGGAGCAUGGUAUUGAAGAACCACCGCGUCAUAUCUACAUGGUGGGUGAUAACCCAGAAUCUGAUAUUCGUGGCGCCAAUAUGGCAGGUUGGGAAUCCUUGCUCGUGCUGACGGGUGUUUACAAGGAGGAACAAGGACCACCCAAGUAUAAGCCAACGACCAUCCAAAAGGACGUGCUUGAGGCUGUCAAGUGGGCCAUUGAGCGCGAAGAGAAGAUUGGUGGAUUCUAA